AUGCAAGGGGAAUCACGAGGUAAAGAGAAGCAAAACGUUCAAAACUGUGGUAAACCAAGACCACGUGGCAAUUUGAUGGGAUCCCAGGAACCGGGAGGUGGACAGAACAGCGCUUCAACGGGGGCUGAGAGGGCUGAGAAGAACAGCAAGGUCUAUUUGAAAAGCGCAUCUGUCAACAUCGAUGGUCGUGGUAAAGGCAUAAUAACCAUGCAGAAAACACCUGGAAAUGACGCAAUAUAUUCCGUGUUAUUAGAAAGCUGCGACUUUGAGGCUGAUCUUUCCGUAUCCAGGCUAAAUUUGGUAAAAUGCACGAACGCUGGGAACACUGCUCGGUUUCAGAGCGUCACUGACGACGAUCUGCAGGACUUUGUUGUCAAACAGAAAAACAAAAGUACUGUUAAUAAAACUUUCUAUGACUUGAAAUUACUUUCCUCCUACCUUCACACAGUAAAUGAAAUGCGUGAAAUCAGCAAAAUCCCCCCAAAUGAGCUUUGCAAUCUCUUGUGCAAAUUCUUUGUCAGUGUCAAAAAACCUGAUGGCUCCAACUAUGAGCCCACAGCUCUCCGCGGAUUCCUUGGUAGCUUUGAACGAUAUUUACGUGAUCAAAACUUCGGGUAUUCUUUGAUUCAUGGGCCUGAGUUUGCUAAACUCAAAGAGGUGUUUCAGGCCAAACAGAAACAACUAAAAGGUGAAGGCCUGGAAAACAAACCUAAGAGGGCUGACCCCAUUACUGAUGAGGAAUAUUUAGAGUUUGAAGAAAGACAAACUAAAACCAGACAAGGAGCGAAUCCCAGGGAUGUACGAUCAGUCAAGCCCAAGAUGUGGGAAUGUAGCACAGAGCCAGAAAAAUGUCCUGUCGCUAUUAACAAGGAAUACGCCAGUAGAAGACCAGCUGACUAUAGCAAACCAUCUGACCCAUUUUAUAUUGCAACCCACACAGUUCAAUCAAAUAUAAAACCCAGUGACCAAUGGUUUAAACGCCAGCCAAUUGGACAAAACAAACUUACCUUAAUAAUGAAGCGAAUGGCCAAAGCUGCAGGACUACCGGAAGACAAACGGCUAACGAACCAAAGUGUCAGAAAGCAUCUUGUUCAGAAACUUUCUGAGUACAAUGCUCCGCCAAACCAGAUAAUGCAGAUCACUGGUCACAGAAAUAUCCAGUCAGUGAAUAAUUACAGCCACAUAACACAGGCUUCUCAGUACACAUUCCAUGGCGGCUUGAACAACAUAUUCGCUGGAAACAUUCUUGGUGGAACUUUCAACAUCAACAUCCAGGCAGUACCGAGUAAAGCUUCGCCAACAUCAUCUGCAUGUUGCGAUACUCCAUUUACACCACGAAAACGCCGCAGAAUCAUCGUAGAAAGCGACAGCGAAUAA